UUCCUUUCUCUUCUUUCUUUUCUUCCUGAGAGCGGCUCGGUCACCUUGUGAAGAUGUGGAGGAGCCUGGGCUGUCUCCACCCCGCCUCUCCACCCAGCUGAUGCCCGCGCCCUCUCAAUGCCUAUACCGAGGGAGCGGAGCUGAGGAAGGGGGGAAACAAAACAGGCGAGACUGUGCGGGGGGCGAGCGCAGUGAAACAUCCAUGGGUGGCUGUGUGGGCAGUCACCAUGAUUCUUCGGGCAGUUUAAACGAGAACUCUGACGGAACCGGAGUGGCACUGGGGCGUAACCAGCCCCUGAAGCGAGAGAAGCCCAAAUGGAAGAGUGACUACCCAAUGACAGACGGACAGCUGCGGAGCAAACGUGAUGAAUUCUGGGAUACAGCGCCUGCCUUUGAGGGCCGCAAGGAAAUCUGGGAUGCGCUCAAGGCUGCUGCCCAGGCUUUCGAGAGCAACGAUCAUGAGCUUGCUCAAGCUAUCAUUGACGGGGCCAGCAUAACUCUUCCUCACGGUGCUCUAACAGAGUGCUACGAUGAGCUGGGCAACCGCUACCAGCUGCCCGUUUACUGUCUCUCCCCUCCGGUCAACAUGAUCGAAGAGAAGAGCGAGAUGGAGACGAUGGAGGUCCCCGAGGCACCGGCCAGCGAGGGCCAGGAAUGCCAGCUGCGGUUGCGACUCUCCACGGGCCGUGACCUGCGGCUGGCUGUACGCACGAGCGACAGUGUGCAGCACAUGAAGCGCCGCUUGCAGGCCCAGGAGGGUGUGGCGGCUGCCAGCCAGCGCUGGUUCUUCUCAGGCCGCCCGCUCACUGAUAAGAUGAAGCUGGAGGAGCUGAAGAUCUCCAGAGACUACGUGGUGCAGGUGAUCGUCAGCCAGCCACCUGGAACUCCACCCCCGCAGCAGAACCCAACGCCUGUGGAGAACUAGCACCUGCUCUGGGGGACAUGUUUUGUGGAACACUCUGUGGUGGGUGUGGGUGAAGGUCCAUUGUUAAGGGUGGAUAUGGAAAAUGGAGAACAAGAUUUUGGAGCCUGUCAGGGGAGCUGAUCUUUAGGAGGUUUCGCUUUUAGCGCACUCCGCAUUGACCCCACCACCUCCAGCACAGUUUCUGCGGAGAUUUGGAAACUCGCUGGAUAAUCUUGUCUAGAACAUGGAGAGCUCAAGCCUGGAGAGGAAGUGUGCUCCCAUGAGCAUGCCAUCAGCAAGAGAAAGAGAGAGAAAAAAUUCACAAUGCCUCUAAUUGAAAACUUUUGAAAGGUCAUGGAGUGGUCCACCGUUCCACUCCUUUGUGACAAGAGUAUAUGUCUGCAAGGCAGACUCGAACUACAGACAUGCUUGGCUCUUUUAAAGCUGGAGAAGCAUCAGGAGCAAUCUACCGAGACGUACAUCCACACCUUGGCUUUUAACAAGUGAAAAGUCACUUUUUGACUUUUUGAAGUUUUUUUUUUAUUUGGUUUUUAAUGGAAAACUGUACUACCAAAAAAAAGUGAGAGAAUUUCGACAGAAGGGGAAAAUAUUGUGACUAAGAUGUAUCAGCUUUUGUUUUUUUCCCCUCACGUUUGUUGGUCCAAUCAAGUUGCUGUUAUUAUUAUUAUUACUAUUUUUUUUUUUUCCUUAGGUCAGGUGUGCUUUCAACGACUUUCUCUUGCACUCUAAACAAUCCUACAGCAAGUAGGCCUUUUUUAGCAGUUAUGCAGAGGGGAAUUUUUUUUUUUAAUGUGUGUAAUAAAUCAGUUAUUUGGCCGUUUGCCUAGAUCUUGGCUCAUGUGUUUUUACGUAGGGGAACCAUCACAUAGUGCAGCAAACAGCCACCUGUUCCAAAAAACCCUCCUCCUUUUGCGUUUCUGUUGAUUACUUUCGCUGUUGGCCUGUGCCGGAGACGAGAAGCGAGACUGAGACCCUGAGAGGAGACGUCAAUGUAGCCCUGUGCGUUUCAGCUCGCUGUGAAGAAUUUAGUCAGCACCGUGAGGUUGCCAUGGCACCGUGCGGACGUGUGACAUGAAGGCAGCAUGGUAUUUAGAAAGGGGCGUAAUCAUGCGCAGGAAAAGCGCAGAACGAGGGGAUUUUUACCAAGAUGGGGGGGGGAAGAGAGACAGAGAGAGAGAGCGGGGUGGCUGACCGUCUCUAGGUGCUAUGAAGGUAAAUAUGGACAGAGAAAUGGACAGAGCCUGAGGGACGACCCACCACAUGUGGCCAGUGUAGGUCCCCUCUGAAUGUAGCUUCAUAUGGGAGGAGGGCAUUCUCACAGUUUCUUUCUAUGUGUUUUAAAAUGGCAUGGCGACGUCUGUUCCGUCAAAAGAGAAGUGCAGAAUCAAUGGCAUAUUUUAAUGAUACAGAAUGAGUUUUUAAUUAAAACAUGAACAUUUGUACUCCAA